AUGUCUAUGAAAUACGUUGCUGCAUAUUUAUUAUGUGUAACUGCUGGUAAUGAGUCUCCAUCAUUAAAAGAUAUUAGUUCAGUUUUAAGCUCAGUUGGUAUUGAAUGUGAUGAAGAGAUAAUAAAUGUAUUAAUAAAAAAUAUGCAAGGUCAUUUACCUCAUGAAGUAAUUGCUUCUGGUUUAAAUAAAUUACAAACUGUAUCGGCAAGUAGUAAUGUAACUAAUACAUCAGGUACAACUGCUUCUACUGAUCCUAAUACAGCUGUUGCCCCAGUUAAAGAAGAAGAAGAAGAAGAAGAAGCUGACUUAGGUUUUUCACUUUUUGAUUAA